AAAACCCUGGUGAGAAAACUGUUGGCUCCGGGUGAGCAUUGGUCCCCAAUCAUCAAACCCAGCACGAGACAAACCCGGUGAGGAACGUGGGCAAAGGUUUAGGAUCUGCUUAUCCCAUUCCUCCCACGGGAAGAUCCAUCAGGACAAGAGAUGUUUCAGUGACAAGGGGUGACACUGUCACACAGCCACCAUGUCCUACACCUGCCGUGACUGCGGGAAGGUUUUCCUCAAGAAGUGGUCUUUUACUGAGCAUCAUCGGGUCCACACAGGGGAGAGACCCUACAAAUGCUUGGAUUGUGGGAAGGAUUUUGCCCGGCGUCACACCCUAAUGGAACACCGCCGGAUCCACACGGGAGAGAAACCCUACGAGUGUCCAGAGUGUGGGAAACGUUUUAUCCAAAGCUCCAUCCUCAUGGAACAUCUCCGCACCCACGCAGGGGAGAAGCCAUACAGGUGUCUGCAGUGUGGGAAGGGUUUUUCUCACAGCUCCAGCCUGUCAAAGCAUCACCGGAUCCACACGGGGGAAAAACCCUUUAAGUGUUUGGAGUGUGGGAGGGGAUUCACCUCUAGCUCCACCUUAAAACAGCAUCUCCGGAUCCACACUGGGGAGAAACCCUAUAAAUGUCUGGAGUGUGGGAAGGCAUUCAGCCAAAAUGCCUCCCUCUUAGGGCACCGCCGCAUCCACACGGGGGAGAAACCCUAUAAGUGUUUGGUGUGUGGGAAGGAUUUUACCCACAGCUCCUCCUUAUCCCAGCACCACCGAACCCAUAGGGGCAGCAGGGGUUAUCCCUGCACCCUCUGUGGGAAAAGCUUUGGCAACAUCCACUCCCGAAUCCGUCACUUACGUGGCCACAGCAGGGAAAAACCCCACAAGUGUCCCCAGUGUGAGAAAAGAUUCCUGGAGAGCUCGAGCCUCACCCAUCACCUCCAGAUCCACGUGGCCAAACUUCCCUACAAAUGUCCUGACUGUGGGAAGGGAUUUGCCAGGAGCUGUGAGCUCACUGCCCAUCGUCACAUCCACACCGGGGAGAGACCCUACACUUGUCCCCACUGCUGGAAAAGCUUCAAUCAGCUCUCUGCUUUGGUGACCCAUCAGUGGCUCCUGUCAGGUGAAUGA